UCACAAAAGUUUAUGUGGGAACUCCAAAUAUCUUCCUCCGACUCUGAAAUUCACAAAUUCCAUGACCUUUCCUUAACCACCAACCUCUCUCUUACUCUUACCUAGGGUCUUCUUCUUCUUGAAACGCUUAUAUUUGUAUUUCUUUCCCUUUUUUGUGUUUAGCUAGCUAUUGCUUGAGAGUCAGAGUUGGCGAAAGAAUGAAAAGAUAGCAAAUCCACUUCUUAGUUUGUUUGGCUGGUCCUAUUCAAGAAACCUGAUUCUCAACUUCUUGGAUCGUUUCCUUUUCCCAUAUGGAAGCCUUCAAUGCCUCAAUGCCCUUGCCUUUCUCAUACCUCUUCACAAGUGAAGGCACAGCUGCUAACACUUCGUCAUCAUGUGGUGGUUCAUGGAUGGACACUAGAAUAUGGAGCAAGCUUCCUCAAAGCCUGCUCGAUCGCGUGAUCGCGUUUCUUCCACCGCCCGCAUUCUUCCGAGCCCGUUCAGUUUGCAAGAGAUGGUAUGGUCUCUUGUUCUCCAGCACCUUCCUUGAACUCUGCUUGCAAGUAUCCCCGGACCGCCAUUGUUUCAUCUUCUUCAAGAACAAGACCCACAGCACCUACAUCUACCAAAGCAACAACUCCACCAACGACCCUAGAUCAUCAUCAUCAGCUAGUUAUAACAUGGAAGGCUAUCUGUUUGACCCUUAUGAAAUAGCGUGGCACCGCCUUUCUUUUCCUUUGAUCCCUUCCGGGUUUUCCCCAUGUGCUUCUUCCGGUGGGCUAUUGUGUUGGGUUUCCGAUGAGGCUGGCAUGAAGAGCUUGAUCUUAUGUAACCCUCUUGUAGGUUCUUUUACUCCACUGCCCCCAACACUUAGACCGAGGCUCUUCCCUUCAAUCGGCCUCACCAUCACUCCAUCUUCAAUCGACGUUGCCGUCGCCGGAGACGAUUUGAUAUCUCCAUACGCGGUGAAAAACCUCUCUUCCGAGAGCUUCCACAUUGAUGCCGGCGGGUUCUUCUCGCUAUGGGGCACCACUUCUUCUCUACCUAGGCUUUGCAGCCUCGAAUCAGGCAAGAUGGUGUACGUCGAAGGGAAAUUCUACUGCAUGAACUAUAACCCAUUUAGCAUUUUGGCCUAUGAAAUAGGGAGCAACAACUGGUGCAAGAUUCAAGCCCCAAUGAGGAGGUUCUUGAGGUCCCCGAGUUUGGUGGAGAGCAAGGGAAGGUUGCUUCUAGUGGCAGCUGUUGAGAAGAGCAAGCUCAAUGUGCCAAAGAGCUUGAGGAUUUGGUUUCUCCAAGAUUGUGGGACAACUUGGGUGGAAAUGGAGAGAAUGCCGUAUCAACUCUAUAUUCAGUUUGCAGAUAUUGAAGGUGGAAGAGGGUUUGAUUGCAUUGGGAAUGGAGAGUUCGUCGUGAUUAUGAUAAGAGGAUGUUGGGACAAGGCCUUGCUUUUCGACAUGUGGAGGAAGAGGUGGCAGUGGAUGCCGCCAUGUCCGUUUGUUGGAGGCGGACGCAGCAGCAGCGGUUGUGGUGGUGGUGGUGGUGAGUUUGAGUUGCAUGGCUUUGCGUAUGAGCCGAGACUGGCUACGCCGGUCACCGGGAUGCUUGACCAGUUGACUCACCCUCUUCAAUCUUUCAGAUGUUAGAACAAAUGCUAGGGCUCUUUCUAUAAGCAAGAAGGUGUUCUUCUUGUGGUUGUGCUUGUGAGCUUCGUGUGAUUUACUUUGCAUGCAGGAUGUUUUAGCUGCUACUAUUCCAAGCUAUGUAAUAUGCGUUCUCGCCUUCUUUUGCAUGUUUCAUCAUCCCAUUACUAGCCUCCCA